GGCGGUAAUGCACAUCUGUACGUUGUUUGCUAACCGCCAAUAAACUGCAAAGGAAAAAAAGAGGAAGAAGAAGACGUUUCCGGUCACAAAGAUGGCGUCUAGCAGUGGGUCAAGUAAGAACGAUUUCCGUCGGAAAUGGGACAAAGACGAGUAUGAACACCUGGCUCAGAAACGUCUGGCGGAAGAGCGGGACCGGGAGAGGAAGGAUGGAAAACCAACUCCACCAGUCAAACGGGACCUGCUGCGCCACCGGGACUACAAGGUGGACCUGGAGUCCAAACUGGGGAAGACCAUCGUCAUCACCAAGACCACUCCUCAGGCAGAGAUGGGCGGUUAUUACUGUAACGUCUGCGACUGCGUAGUGAAAGACUCCAUCAACUUCCUGGAUCACAUCAACGGGAAAAAACACCAGAGGAACCUGGGAAUGUCGAUGCGGGUCGAGCGCUCAUCUCUGGAUCAGGUGAAGAAACGAUUCGAGGUCAAUAAGAAGAAGCUGGAGGAGAAGCAGAAGGAGUACGACUUCGAGGAGCGCAUGAAGGAGCUGCGUGAGGAGGAGGAAAAGGCGAAGGCCUACAAGAAGGAGAAGCAGAGAGAGAGGAAGCGGCGGGCGGAGGAGGAUGUGGACUUGGAGGAGGAUGACGAGAUGGCGGCGGUGAUGGGCUUCUCAGGUUUUGGCUCAUCCAAGAAGAGUCACUGAUAAAACUCUGAGAACGGAAGCUGGUCUCCAUAGGGGGUGAAGCUUCAGACCAGGCGGAGGCUGUAGAUGGAAGGGUAGAAGAGCUCUGGUCCGUUUCAUCACGGUCGGGCGCUCAUUUCUGUAGUUCCAUCCUUUGUUUGACCCAACUGCUUCGUGUUGGAAGCUGAGAGUUUGACUGGGGCGGGAGGGAGGGGGACAUGUGGGGCGGGAGGGAGGGGGCAGGAAGUUCCCAUGAGCAAGUGUGAUGGAGGACUAAAACUCAGACCAAAAAACUGCAGAAGUUUCCUUUUAAAAACCAGUCUGUGACGUGUUGAGAUGAAAUCCGAUUAUGUGGUUUUUCUUUGUUUGUCCAAGGCGGCCGGACAGCUUCCAGCUGAAACUCAUGCUGAUUGAAACACGUGACGAUUGAAACACGUGACGAUUGAAACACGUGACGAUUGAAACACGUGGAGUGGGAUGUGCUGCGGGACAAGGCAUGCUGGGAAAUUCAGAUGUUAAUAAAUGACUUCAUUUGUAAA